UACAAUGUAAAUUAAUGAAAUGUCACUACAAAAUCUUUAAAAUUCUGGAAAGUUGAUCCCUUUCAAUUUCCUUCUUCUUCCCAGAUACGCAUCGAAAUCCCAUAUCAGACUACUUCUCCGAUCAAAUUUCCGACAAGGGUCAUUGAUUUGCAAUCUUUUAUCUCCGGUGCUCUUCAAACAUAUGACAGAAACAAAGUGAAAAAGUAAAGAAAGAAGAGAUGCUAGGAAUUUCAUAUGGAGAACUUUUUCUCUUGCUUGGCGCUACUGCUGCUCUUAUUGGACCUAAAGAUUUGCCAAUCAUAGCAAGAACAGCAGGCAGAUUUGCUGGGCGCGCAAUUGGUUAUGUUCAAUUAGCCCGUGGUCAGUUUGAAAGUGUCAUGCAGCAGUCGCAAGCUCGUCAGGUUCAUAAGGAACUGCAAGAUACCAUGGCUCAACUGGAAGCCAUACGUCAUGAAAUUCGGACAAUCUCUUUUAUGAAUCCUGGUCCAUUGACAUCGAGGCUUGUAGACAACAUCAGCACAACAUCUGCAAAUAGUGCUGUUGGAAAUGAACCUCAAAAAUCUGAUAAAGAGAGUAUCAUUGUUGAAAGGGGACCUCAAAUAUCGGCGAAGGAGAGUACAGUAGCAACUGUCACACCUGAGGAUUUUAGUUCAAGGAAAGCUUUGACCGACAUGCACAGCCAAGCCGCUGCUUAUGCUAGAUUGGCUGAAACGACACCUUUGAAAUCCAUUUCUAUAGAUAAUGAAGGUCUGAGCGAGCUGACUGAUGAAUCUGGCAGUAUUAUUGUGCUCCCUGUCUCAGCCGAGAGUGCAGGGUUGUUGCCAAAAUGUAAAGAUGAAGCAAAGGGGUCUGACAUUGUGUUAGAAGCAAUACUGGAGGCAGAAGUGGCAAAUAAUGCCAAAGAGUUCUUCUCGCAGCCACCAAACCAAUUAAAAAGUGAAUGAAGAGGUACAUUUAAAGAAGAUUUGUGUCAUUAGAGGGCAGAGAUCAACUUCAAGCCAAGGGGCCUGAUGAAAGAUUGCUAAAGACUGAAUGAUUAUAGCCCAGUUCGAGUCUCUUGUUGUGGCUUUUGAGCCAUGAUACCUCGGUUGGUCAGAUAUCAUGGGCAUCUAAAUUCUAAAGAACAUAAGACCCGUGUUGCAACAAGGGAAACUAGUCAUAUUGUUUGACAGAUGGUUUUCUGCAACCAGUUUUACCUAUUUAUUAACCUUCUAAUCGAUCCAUGUUGACAGAUGCUUGGAUUUUGGAGUUCUGCAUGUUUGCAAUAGUUUCUUAAUUUUACUUCUUAUCCGGCAAAGCCAUAUAUGUAUAGUUGCAGAUGAACUUCUUUGCAGUAGAAUUGGCAUAAAACUGUUGAACUA